AUGGCAGUUGUGAACCGACCGUGUGGUGAUUUUCAUUGUGUUAGAAGUAAAUCAUGCAUGCGAAGGACUCCUAAAUCUGGCUGGACUCUAAAAGCAACAUGCGAGUUCAUAAAAACACAGCUAUGCACCAUAGCAAUUUCUCUGACGCUGUUCAACUCAGUUCGUUUACCGAAAGAAGCGUUCAGAUAUGGAGCAGUUCCUUACCUGGUGACCUACUCCUUCUGGCUGCUGGCUGCAGGACUACCGACGACGCUGCUACAACUUGCCAUGGGUCAGCUAAGUCAUCAAGAUCCUGUUGGAGUGUGGAGGGCAGUGCCCAUAUUGAGAGGUGUCGGCCAUUUAAAAGUGCUGACGUCAUACGUAUGCUGUGUUUACUACAUGAUGUAUGUAGCUCUGUCGUUUGCCUACCUCCUGUGGAUAGGCAAGGGGUCUUUCCCUUUAAAGGAUUGCACUAAACUGCACAUAACGCCGAAUGGAUAUGAAAAUAAAAUGAACGCAACCGAGUGUUUCAGUUCAACAUUUUUGGCGCCAUUCACAGAAUAUCCGCAGUAUCUCGGCAUCAUGGCGGUUUUAAUAUUUCUUCUAUGGUUCUUCGUGCCCAUUCUAUUAUACCGCCUUCACAAAACAUUAAAAACGACAUUAGGAAGCAUAACUAUUAUCAUAGUUUUUAUCGCCAUAUUACUCUCUACAUUUCUGGCUAAGACUGCAGUACUUGACUCAAUGUUUGAGUCGUGCGUGCAAUGGUCUUCGAUCUCAGAACCCUACAUUUGGCACAGUGCACUAGUGCAAGCUGUAAUGUCUACACAAAUUGUUAGUGGAUAUCUGACCAGCGCUGGUGGCGCUAUCUACAGACAUUCUGAUGUUCGGUGGACAUCAGCUCUAAUAAUAAUGACCAAUAUAUUCGCUGGUUGGCUCUGGGUGCUUCUCUGGGAGUCCAUUGGUGGGGCUAGCAGAAAGGACACAAGUUUCAUAUCAGUUCUAGUCUUAAUAUACCAAUCUUCUGUUUCCGAGAGAAGAAAUAAGGAGUGGCCGAUACUUGCUUUUGGAGUUGUGUUCUGCUCUGGUAUUAUUAGUGUGUUAAUACUCCUAUAUCCAGUAUACGACAAACUCCACCGUGUGACUGGAGAUCACUGGAGGGUCUUUGCAUGUGCUACAUCAGCUGUUGGUACUGCUCUCACAGUAGCAGUUCUAGCACGAGGCUUGGAAAUAGCCACCGUGUUAGAUGAGCUGAUAAUACCAGUUCUGGCUGUAUUUACGUCUGCUGUUGAAGUGGUCGGCUUUGUAUUUAUUUAUGGCUGGUGUUAUCUCACAGUCGACAUAGAAUUCCUCACAGGUAGUAAGCUACCUUGCUUCUGGAUAGCCACAUGGUGGUUGACUCCAGUUCUCCUCAUCGGAGUCUCGGGCUGGUGGCUCCGGGCCUUGCUUCGGAUCUCCUGGGGCAAUGGCAGCACUCUCUGGCCUUUGUUAGCAGUAUUUUUGUUGAUAUUAAUUAUCAUGGUGAUAUUGGCUGCUAGAGCUGUAGCUAAAGAAGAACAGUUUAAUUUACUUUCGAAAUUAAUUUCGGCAUUCCGUCCAUCCAGACUGUGGGGUCCUGAAGAACCCAUGGCGAGGUACGUGUGGAUGUCUCAACGAUACAUCAACGAAACUGUAAGCACAGACAACGAUACAAACUCAGAACCGAACCACUACUCAACUGUCAUGUACAACAAAGACAUAGACCACAAAUAUCAAGAUGAACUAUUCAAAAAUGAAAUAUAUCCAAGAAACUAUAACAACAUAUACAGCCCAAAUGAUGAUUAUAACAAUGAAUAUCUCUACGACGGAGGUACAAAAUCGGUCUAUAGCAUCCACGCAAUACCAAGAGGGAAGAAAAAGAAUCUGGAUGAGAAUUACCGAUCACCCAAUAUCUGCCUAGCGAAAACUAGAUUAGGAGGACCUAUGGAAUGCAGUUGCAAUAGACAUUUCACAUUGAACGUGCCUGAUUUAAGAAAUAAUGAAGUAACUACAAGUCUUUGA